AUGGAGAGUCAGAGAGUCCAGUCCUCGUACAGGAAGCGUUUCGGGCCUCAGGGCUCGGGCAGCACCGGAGUCAGAAUCGGGAGCCUCUCCAACCGCCUCUCCUGGCAUGGCACCCCUCGCAACCUCACCUAUUCCAGCCCGAUGUCCCGCAUCUCCUUGGGCUCAACCAACACAGCCUUGCUCCUGGGGAGCCCCGUGGACCGGCUUGACUUCUCAGCCGACUCCAUGAUGAAGGCCCAGUACAAGGAGACACGCACCAACGAGAAGGUGGAGAUGAUGGGCCUGAACGACCGCUUCGCCAGCUACAUAGAGAAGGUGCGCCUUUUGGAGCAGCAGAACAAGGUGCUGGUGGCCGAGCUGAACCAGCUGAAGGGGAAGGAGCCCAGCCGCCUGGGGGACAUCUACCAGGAGGAGCUGAGAGAGCUGCGCAGGCAGGUGGACGGCCUCACUGCUGGCAAAGCUCGGCAGGAGAUAGAGAAGGACAACCUGGCUGCAGACCUGGCCGUGCUCAAGCAGAGGUUGCAAGAGGAGAUGAGCCUCAGACAGGAUGCAGAGAACAAUCUGAAUGCCUACAGACAGGAUGUGGAUGAGGCGGCUCUUAAUCGUGUCCAGUUGGAGAGGAAGAUCGAUGCCCUGCAGGAAGAGAUAAACUUCCUGAAGAAGACUCAUGAGGAGGAGCAGCGCGAGUUACAUGAUCAAGUCAUGGCCCAACAGGUGCAUGUUGACCUGGAUGUUUCCAAACCAGACCUGACUGCUGCUCUGAGGGACAUCAGGGUCCAAUAUGAAACCAUGGCCACCUCAAACAUGCAGGAGACGGAGGACUGGUACCGAUCCAAGUUUUCUGACCUGACGGAUGCAGCCAAUCGCAACACUGAAGCCCUGCGCCAGGCCAAACAGGAGGCCAACGAGUACCGGCGUCAGAUGCAAGGGUUGACCUGCGAUCUUGAGGCUCUCAGAGGGAUAAACGAGUCUAUGGAACGCCAGCUCCGGGAGAUGGAGGACCGCUUCUCCAUGGAGACCUCUGGUUACCAGGAUACAGUGAGCCGUCUGGAGGAGGACAUCCACACUCUGAAGGAGGACAUGGCGAGACACCUGCAGGAGUACCAGGACCUUCUCAACGUCAAGCUGGCCCUGGAUAUCGAGAUCGCCACCUACAGGAAGCUGCUGGAGGGAGAGGAGACCAGGAUCACCAUUCCCGUUCAGAGCUUUUCCAACCUGCAGUUUAGAGACACUAACCUGGACACUAAAACCCCAGAGGCUCACGUGAAGAGGAGCAUCCUGGUUCGAACUGUAGAGACGAGAGAUGGGGAGAUCAUUAAGGAAUCAACAACUGAACACAAAGAUCUUCCUUAA